CUCUGCUCGCGCUCUGGCUCCGGCUCGGAGGAGACCGCAGGCAGAGGGAUCCAUGAUGCCAAGCUGUGACCGUUCCUGCGGCUACAGCCAGGGCCCCAAUGUGGAAGACGGCAAGUGGUAUGGGGUCCGCUCCUAUUUGCACCUGUUCUAUGAGGACUGUGCAGGUACAGCCCUCAGCGAUGACCCUGAGGGGCCUCCUGUUCUGUGUCCCCGGCGACCCUGGCCCUCCCUGUGCUGGAAGAUCAGCCUGUCCUCAGGGACCCUGCUUCUGCUGUUGGGUGUGGCAGCCUUGACCACUGGCUAUGCCGUGCCCCCCAAGCUGGAGGGCAUUGGAGAGGGUGAGUUCCUGGUAUUGGAUCAGCGGGCAGCUGACUACAACCAGGCUCUGGGCACCUGCCGCCUGGCAGGCACAGCACUCUGCGUGGCAGCCGGGGUCCUGCUGGCCAUCUGCCUAUUCUGGGCCAUGACCGGCUGGCUGAGCCAGGACACCAAAGCAGAACCUUUGGACACCGAUGCUGACAGCCAUGUGGAGGUCUUUGGGGACGAGUCAGAACAGCAGUUCUCCCCCAUCUUCCGUGACGCCAGUGGCCAGUCUUGGUUCUCGCCUCCCGCCAGCCCCUUUGGGCCAUCCUCUGUGCAGACCAUCCAGCCGAAGCGGGACUCCUGAGCUGUUCACAUGGCAGAGGAGGCACCAGACCCAGCGUCUGGACCCUUCUUGCUCCCCACCACCCGCCACCCUCCCAUUGCCUCCUUCACUUCUCCCUUUCAGCAGGGACCCUUCUGUCUAAGCCGCCAGAAGGCUCAACUCCAGGUCAGAAAGUCUGGAGCUCACAUCCCCAUGCCCAUUCCCAGGGGGUAGAGCCCAACUCAUCCAAGAUGCCAACCUUUCCCAAAUCCACUUAAAAUUUCCCACCCAUCUCUCCUUCCCAGGCUCUUCAGGGGCAGAAAGCAUCUCCUUCAACUGUUUCCCACUCUUUUCUCAAUGUGGCCAAGCCCCUUACCCUUUCAGACCACCAGUUUCUGCCUCUGUAUUAAAAGGGGUUUGGGCCAGAUUCCCAAGUCCCAUGAGUUUCCCAUUCUCCCCUGAUGUAAGUAUUACCCUCUAUUGGCAAAAAUGAGUGUGAGGUGGACUAGCAAGGUCAUUCUCAUCCAUUAACCCCACCCCCUGCCAGCUGUACCAGGAUGCCUCCGGUGGGUCAAGGAUGCUCACAGGACUUCCUGUCCACCAUGGUGCAAAAACACUUACCCCUCCCCAGAGUAUGUUUUCUUCAGACAUUUUGGCAUCAGAGCCCCUCCAUCCACCCCAUUCUGGGCCACCACUAGCCCAGUGCAGGGUGAGGUGACUGAGGGAGGCUGGCAGUCUGUCUGCAGGACCCACAUUUGCUGGCUCCUGGGCCAGCUCUUGCUCUGCAGCUGCAGCAGGGCCCCACACCUUCCUGGCUUUCAUGGGACUCCCAGGGCCCAGAGAGACUCCCUGGAGGCCUGAUGUCCCAGGUGGCUCAGAAAAUACGUUGAACGUGCACCUAAAUGGUCUCUAAGAGCCAGGGGGCAGGAGAACUAGGAUGUCUUUGUCCCUCACAGUUCCCACCUAGAACCCAUCACUCACAGGUGACACAUCAUUUCCACUCACUGCCACGAGGGGGAGCUCCAAGACCGCUGGAAAGAGACCCGUGGACGCCGCCCCUACCUUUCCGGCUCGGUGUCACCACCAGCCUUGAGGCCUCAAGGGGGGCCGACGUCUUCAGUCCUCCCCCACCAGGCAGGCCCUACUGCCCUCGUUCCCCAGGCCGGCUCCCCAUUCUGCACCUCUUCCGUCCCGCCUUCC